AGAUCUUCCUCCCAGACCGCAAGGAUGUGAGGCUGGCCAGCCGGACACCGCUCGCAGCACGGGACGGGCACACCGCACGGGCGGACAGCAGUCCGAGGGGACCUCGGGAGCGGAGUCGGACACCCCCGGAGGGAAGAAAUGAGGUAGCGACCGUCCCCAGAGCCGACCAUGCGCGCGCGCCGCCCUCGGCGCCCCGUGCUGCCCGGGUCGAGCCAGCCGGGACAGUGAGCCGGCCGAGCCCGAGUACCCCGCGUCCGGCCGGAGCGAAGAUGCAGUGAGCCACAGCCGGAGUGCUGCGCCGGGCCCACCGCGGCCAGCGGGAGUAGCGUCUGACUGCACUUGGGGCAAGCAGCUGAUUCUGGGACCAGCCCAGUCGAGGGACUCUCGGUCUUCCGCACUCCUUGGGGUGGGGGAGCACUGGCCCCUGGGCACACUCGCCAUCCAGUUUCCGCAGCUUCUAGUCUCAGCCCAGGGGAUUGUGUGUGUGUGUGUGUGUGUGUGUGUGAGUGAGAGAGAGAGAGAGAGCGCGGGGGAGUUCCACGUUCGCCCAGGAGUUCCUGCAUAUUCUCGCCCCGUCCCGGCUGCUUUGGCCGGGGUCCCCUCUCUUUGCACGCGCGCAUCUUUUUCCCGUUCUACUCUCAUUCCGUCUUUCCUUUUGCUUGCCUAAGACUCUUAGUCCUGGUCCUUGCCCGAGCUGGGGUAAAUCUGUGCGCGCUCCCCCACCCCCCCGCCCCUCGCAGCUGAAUAUUUUCUUUCCAUUAAAAAUUUUUACCCAUACCCUCUUCGUUGGGGUCCCCGAGCAUUCUACUCUCUACCCACUUCUCUACCACUGGGCCACUCUCAGCAGAGUUUUAUUUUUCUGUCUUGCCCGGGCCGAGCCCGGCCGGGGCGGGUGGCUCAGCUGGGCUCGCACCCGGCGCUCUGCCGCCGCCGCCCAGCUGCGCGGGGGCGCCCUCCGGAGAUGCUGCCGUGGAAGAAGCACAAGUUCGAGCUGCUGGCCGAGGCGCCGCCACGGCAGGCGUCCAAGCCCAAGGGCUACGCGGUGAGCCUGCACUACUCCGCGCUCAGCUCGCUGGCGCGGGCGUGCCCCGAAGGCGCGCUCAGCCGGGUGGGCAGCAUGUUCCGUUCCAAGCGCAAGAAGCUGCACAUCACCAGCGAGGACCCCACUUACACCGUGCUCUACCUGGGCAAUGCCACCACCAUCCAGGCGCGCGGCGACGGCUGCACUGACCUAGCGGUGGGCAAGAUCUGGAGCAAGAGCGAGGCGGGCCGUCAGGGCACCAAGAUGAAGCUGACUGUGAGUGCGCAGGGCAUCCGCAUGGUGCACGCCGAGGAGCGCGCACUGCGCCGCCCGGGCCACCUCUACCUGCUGCACCGCGUUACCUAUUGCGUGGCGGACGCUCGGCUGCCCAAGGUCUUCGCCUGGGUAUACCGGCACGAGCUCAAGCACAAGGCGGUAAUGCUGCGCUGCCACGCGGUGCUGGUGUCCAAGCCCGAGAAAGCGCAGGCCAUGGCCCUGCUGCUCUACCAGACGUCGGCCAACGCACUCGCGGAAUUUAAAAGGCUCAAGCGGCGGGACGAUGCGCGUCACCAGCAGCAGGAGCUGGUGGGCGCGCACACCAUCCCGCUAGUGCCGCUGCGCAAGCUGCUCCUGCAUGGACCCUGCUGCUACAAGCCGCCGGUGGAACGCAGCCGCAGCGCGCCCAAGCUGGGCUCCAUCACCGAGGACUUGCUCGGCGAACAGCAGGAGCAGGAGCUGCAGGAAGAAGAGGAAGAGGAGCACACCGAGGGCUGCCUGGAGGAGGAGGAGGAGGAGGAGGAGGAAGAGGACCGUGCUGGGGAGGAGGACCCGGCAGCGGAAGAGGCCGAGGCGCAGCGGGCGCUGGUGGUGGCCAUGCACUUGGAAUGCGGGGACUUGCUGGACACGCUGGAGAGUGGCCGCGAGGAGGCGCUAGGGGGUGGCGGGGACUCGGUGGGCCCCGGGGCUGGGCCGCCGCCUCUGCUGCUGGGCAGCGCCUCUGACGUGAAGGCCGAGCUGUCGCAGCUUAUUAACGACCUUGGCGAGCUCAGCUUCGGCAACGACGUGCGCAGCCUGCAGGCCGACUUGCGGGUGACGCGCCUGCUGUCCGGCGAGAGCACCGGCAGCGAGAGCUCCAUCGAAGGUGGGGGCCUGGACGCCUCCUCGGCCACCGCCGGGGACCGGUCGGGCCCUGACGACAGCGCGGGCCCAGAGGAGCCCCACUAGGGCUGAGAUCCCAGCAGCCUCCUGCGCGUGCCCCUAGCGCCCCACCGUGACUCCCCACGGGUCUUUUCGACAACCUCCUUACCCGCAGUUCUCCUCCCCCCCCUCCCCCAUCCCACCGCCCCCCUCCCCAGAAGCGGGGAAAUGGGACACUUGAGGCCCAGAGUUACCCUGCCCCUCUCCUUUGGCACAUUUGGCUCUGUUUGAAGAGGUGAAGAGGGCCGAGGUUGUGGGUGGAGUCAUGCGAGGGGGCAAACCCUGCACGGAAGGAGAGAGAGGCAGGGGUGAGGGAAGGGCCCGCUUGUUAGCUGGCCCGCUGGUUAGCAGUCCCACAGGCAAGAGGUGCCUGCCGGCCAGUUUCCUGUUUGUGGGGCAGCUGGGGCCUGAGGAGGAGGGGUUAAUUUCCUCUCCACCCCACCGACCCGCCGGAAUAACAGUAACUGGGAGCCGCCUAGCGCUGUCCUUGACAUGUCAUUAAAAAAAAAAAAAAAUCUGCUCUCACAAUGUUUGAGGCUCUAAUGCCACCUCCUUGCCCCAGUCUUUUUGGUGCGAGAGCUUGGGUUGUUUACCUCAGACUCAGACCCUUGAAAUUCUGCCAAAUUCCUCAAAUAACUGUUUAGGGGUGUUGGGGGGGGGUGGGGAUGAAAGAAAGUUGCAUUUUGUUUACAGUUAAAGACAUCUAAUAUCUGAAAAAGGAGUUUUCCUUUCAAAACACACACUUUACUCCUGCUCAAAAGAUCUCCCUCCAUGAUACUGUGUAAAAUAUUUUGCACUGUUGUGAAGUAUUUUUGACAUUUUUUUUGUACAUAACUGUGUUCUCAGAGCUAAAUGUUUAUAUCUUUUGCUGUGCAAAAGGGACAUGUAAAAUGUUGUUCAGUUGUACAUACAGAAAUGUGUAUAAAACAUUUUGUUAUUUUUUAAGAGUAGCCCUGCUCUGGUUCUGUUUGCACGUCCAGCGGCGAGAGAAUAAAGAGGACAAUGUAACAGAACAGGUGAGCGUCUGCUGAAAAUGCCUGGGCCCUUGGGCUGAUAGAGGGUCUGUCCAUCUCUGGGAUGGUGUGGUAGGACAGGGUUCGG